UUAUUGGUUACUUUGACUGUUAUGACUUUUGUAUGGACGAAUACCAAUCCGCCCGUUCGUUUCAUCUGACCAAUCACAGAAUGAGAAUUUAUAUUUGACCAAUAAAGUCUAAAUUUGAUCAGUGUUUCUAGAACUCGUGAGAUGUUUUGCUUGAUUGAAAGAUAGAUUUUUUUUAGUGUGGUGCGUUGUGCGUUGGACGGGUGUUUGUUAUUUUCUCGUCUAACGAGAAACUCGGUUUUGUCGUUAUUAUGUCAAAUUAUCCUUCUAAAAUCGACAAGAUCUGAUUCAGAUUAAAUUUUCCCAAAAUGUCGACAGUUCUGCUAGCAGUUAUUGCGGUCAUCUUGUGUGUACUUUUCAGAAUAUUGAAUGUUAACAGUCAGCCCCAAAAACCUGUGAUCUACGGAAGAGAUCGAAGUUUUAUUGAAAACAUUCUCUUUAUUUCACCAUUUCUAAAUGAACCAUACAUACCGACUCGUCUAUGGGGCUUCAGUGGACAUGUGCAGACAAUUCUACACAGUCUAAUUGGACGUGUCCGUUGCCCCUGGCCCAUAGGCGGACGAGUGUCGCUAGUGCUGCCCGACAAAUCUACCCUCACCUACGACCUCUAUGAACCGGUUGGAAACGAACAUGAAGAUGACGUGACGGUCGCUAUCUGUCCCGGCAUCGGAAAUACAUCGGAGAGCGUGUACAUACGAACCUACGUACACUAUUCGCAAUGCCACGGCUACAGAUGCGCCGUGCUGAACCACAUUGGAGCUCUCAAUAGCGUUCCAGUCACCGGCAAUCGGAUCUUUUCAUACGGGCACACAGAUGACUACAACUACAUGGUAGAGAACCUUUUGGACCGAUACCCCAACACGAAACUAAUUCUAGUCGGAUUCAGUCUGGGUGGCAACCUGAUAUCUAAGUACUUAGGAGAGGACAGGAAGAGGCCCACGAAUAUCAUUGGUGGAAUCUCAAUAUGCCAGGGCUACAAUGCUAUUGACACGAUGGUGUACCUCCUGCAAUGGCAGAACUUCCGUCGUUUCUACCUGUACAUAAUGACGGACAACUAUCGUAACAUUAUCACACGACACAGGAGAAUGCUGCUGAGCCCUGAAAUGAAGAACAGAUACGCUUUAGAUGAGAAGCAGAUCGUCUCCGCUGGUACAUUGCCUGAUCUCGAUGAAGCUUAUUCUAGGAAAGUGCACGGAUUCGAAUCGGUGGCUGAUCUCUAUAAAUGGAGUUCCUCUGCUUUCUAUCUCCACAAUAUUAAAACCCCAAUGAUUUUCGUCAAUGCUCGCGAUGACCCCAUCGUACCAGAACCCCUAUUGCCUAUUGUCAGGGAAUUUGUCAGCUCGCACGAUAAGGUAAUGUAUCUCGAACUGGCUCACGGCGGACACUUGGGUUUUUACGAAGGAGGUUUGGUAUACGCCAAUCCCGUCAACUGGCUGGACCGCGCCCUCGUCGGACUUGCUGGAGGUUUGCUCAUGGCACAUAACAAGUGCUCACAUAAAGACGUCGCCGCCUCCGUCGAUUACGUACCCUCAGAAGAACAGAACGAACCAGAUCUCAUCAAAUCAGCCACCAUUGUCUACCGUGAUCCAUUAGAAAAGGCACCCCAGUUGGCAUAUUAGAUUAACUCUUGAAUUGUAGAUCACUUUGGUAUACUUACAUGUCUUAUAUUUUUUAGAAGAAGAAAAAACUUAUAUGAAAUGACUGCGAUCCAUUUCAACGGCAGUAACAUUUUGAUGAAGUACUUAAAUUGUGUUGUUAGUACAUCUUUUGGAGGUAACGAUUCUCCAUCGCGUUUUUAUACGUCCUAAUAAAUAGUUGAUAUAUUGAUGUAGAAGGCAGAACCGUAUUUACCAAAGCCUAGUAUAGGAACGAGGUGUUCCUUAUAUGCCCUAAGUAAGAUAUUAGGCAGGACCUAAGAGGCAAUAUAUGUUAUAAACGGCACAUAAGCUUUUUAUAAAUAUUUAUUGUGAAGUCGUUAAUGUUUUUCAGGCUUAUUGUCGAACUGUACGUGAAUAAAAUGAAGUUAAUGAUAGUUAUUUUACGUUGUGACUAGAUGAGGUGAGAAGGCGUGGCAUAUAUCGAUAAUAAUAGUGUAGAGAAUAUGUUUAUAUAUGUAUUGUUAUUAUCUAUGUACAUGUCAAUAUACAGCUUUAUGCAGUCUGUUGUAACUUGCACAAAAUGUUUGCUUUUAUAUACAACUCUGCCUAUAAGUUUUUUGUCAUUGCAUAAUAUAUAGUGGUUACACAAUAGGGCUAUUAAGGCUGACAAAAGGACACGAGUUUAGUGAGCCCCUAAUUAAUAAGUCCUCUAUUUUGCCAGUGAUCAGAAUAGUCAGUUAUGCUGCUGAAUUAAUGCCACACCUCACCUCCACAAUAUUAUUCGAAUGCACACAGGAGACACGGGCCUUUAGUUAUUUGUUACUAUUGUGAUAUACUUAACUGAUUAUUUAUAUAAUAUGCAUUUUAAUCUAUGUGCCAAGUGCACGUAUAAAAUAUGACGGCCGUACAAACAGCGCUAUUUAACGGUCCUGGGUUCUAGUCCCGGUUAAGUCAAGUAUGUUAUAUGUAUUUAUAUGUAACGUUAAUGUUUGAUGAGUGAGAAUCAUUUACAAACGUACGAGUACAUGAAAUUAAGAUAUUUAUCGAAUAAAUUGUUUGUAAAAUAUUUUUGUUGAAAUGAAUGGUAGAUGUAAAUGCAGUACAAAUACAGAUUUGCACAAUUUUAGUUGAAUGUUCGAGUUUAUUAUUGAUGGAUAGUCCUCGCAAGUUGGUUUAUUAGUAAUUUGUACGUACUUACAUUUCAAUCUCAUUGAAUUCCUUUAAUGUUCCUAUGAAGUAGCUAGAGUUCAAUGUUGUAUUGUUUUGUGCAGUCAAUAUCAAAAGACAAUCAACUAUGUCUGGAAUUUUCCAAUUUGAUUAUCUUUUAAUUUUGACAAGACUACGAAUUAAAACUUUGCGAGAGUAAUUUUAAUUAUUAAUUUAUUUUCUAUAACUUACAACAGGAAAGUCUGCAAUACACAAUUUCGUAUAACGAAUUUAUAUUGGAAACAUUGUGAAUUGACUGGAAAUGGGUUUUUAAAAUUAUGUAUUGUGACAAAGUUUGUUCCUAAGAAAACUUUUAACAUUAUGGAAUUGUUCGCUAAGCGAUGUUUCGUGAGCUUUGUUGCGGAGCUAACAUAACUUCCGUCCAAUAAGAAUGUUCAUAAGUUGAAGGGAAUUGAGGAGAUUGUUCAAAUCCUGAAUAAGGUCUGAGAGGUGGGAGUUUUGUAUAUGUACUAUGUAGGUACUGUAAAUUAGAAACCCAUUUCUAUAUUAUGAAAUUGAGGUCGAGAUAGAUAAACAUUUCUUAGUGGGAGCUAAAAAGUAUUUAUUUAUUUCGACUUGUAUAGUUUUUGGACCACGUAAGGUCCAAAUUCAAAAGGAAUGUAAUAAAGAGGUGUGAUUAUAAACAGUUUCAUAAUACUUACGUCCAGUUGGAUGUGUGCGUAUGCGCAAAUGUGUGCUGCGUGGUAACUUCGAUGUUUUAAGCUAUGUGACUGCCUUCGAUGUUAGUUCUAUAUUUAUGUAAAGCUUUGCAUUUACAGUGAGUGGCGUUCGAGCAUUGUUUACGCUUAACAGCGUUUGGCUUUCGGUGCCUAUUCAAACAAUGCAAAGCUCUUUUCGUCUAAGGUGUUCGCAGACGUACAAAAACAUUUGCCAAUGUAAAGGCCUGCACAACUUAUUGAUGUAUCGACGUAAGCCCCAGUUAUAAGGCCUAGUCAGUCAUAAAAAUCUUUCAAAUGUAGAAUUAUGAACCAUUGAAGUUUCACUCAAUUUGUUUGAUAAUGCUGAGAACAAUCUUCGUUUGUUACGUUUUUAGAAUUUUUCACAACAUACCUAUUCCAUAAUUAUGAUCUCGCAGUGUGAAUUCCGGCAGCAAUAUGGAUGUUUUCUUGCCCGCCGACCAUAGCCAAUAAACAUCUUUUGAUGUUUGCGCCAAAGCUAAGAGUAUUCGGUGUAAAAUUUUAGUGCACAUAAAAUGUAGAGAGGAUAUGAAGCAUAACUUCAAGAGUUCAAGUUCUCAUAUAAAUCUUUUGUGGCGGGUAUAAAGUGAUACUUCUUCAGCAUUUAUGUAGACAUUUCCAAAUAAUUCCACUGAUUAAAUGUUAAAUGUGUUACUCGAGUGUGUUCAUGUAGAAAGAUUGGCAUAAUGUUUGUUAGGAAUAUAUUAUCUUUUAGAAUAUUGUGUCUGUAUUAGCUUGACUUGUAUUCAAAUAACCAAGCCAAGUAGACAUUUUUCUAGGCGUGUAGUAAUAAGAAUUGAGCAAGUAUGGCACUUGCGGAAAUGUCAAUAUAUUUUUAUAAACUAAUAACUUUCUCUAACUGGAUUUUGGAAAUUGAUAAAGUUUAUUACUCAGUGGUUUAUUAAAAUUUCAAUUUAACGGUUUACGUAUUUACUUAUUUUUACCAUAUUACGGGGUUUUUGCACGAAGUAACGUUACGAGAAAUAUGCAGUUUUGUGAAGCUAGCGAUAGCGAUACUCAUAGCUUUCAAUGUGAUAGAUUCAAAUAAUGUGUUAUUGCUGUCUAUAGAUAACCGCGAUUAAACAGUACAAAGAUAGGAUCACACCAAUACUAUAAACAAAUUAUUGUAAUGUUAAUAACUGACAGUACAUAUUCUUUGUCUUUUAAAUUCAUUAGAAUGAUGUAUGCUACUUAAAUGACUUGAUGUAUGUCAGAAUUGCCCAAAUGUUUAAUAUUUUAUUUAUGUACACGUAAUAAACGUUAAAAUGAAUAACA